UAGUCCGAGUCAUUUGAAAUGGAAUUGUCCAAUGAAGCCCAUAGUUCAUUCAACUCAGGCUAUGACUGUGGAGGACACUCCCCUGGAUAGUGUUAGGUCAAAAAAUUCGAGUUUACAUUCGAAUAAAAAUGAGGAUUUUAUGUCAAUAGGAACUUUGCGUUCGGACGAUAGGGCAAGUAGUCAGUCGAAAUCCACUGGAUUUGUUGAAAGUUCAGCUGGGUGUGUUCUCAUAGGCAAUCCAAUGAUUACAGUUCUGUCAGAAAGUGCGAGUGUUGAAACGCUUGGUAUGGCAUACGAUGAGGUUGGUGCAAUGAUUGAUGAUAUGCCAGUUGUAUCGGGUAGGUUGUUACCCAUGAACAAGCCUGUUUCCGUGCUGAAGGAUUCUGGGAGUAGUACGAGUGUUGUGAGGACGAGUCUGGUGUCAGACGAUCAGUUCACGGGAGUGAUUCAGUUAGUUAGGCUGAUAGAUGGUACUCUGAGGCGUUUUCCUAGGGCAAAUAUCAUGCUGGAUAGUCCAUAUUUUAUUGGAGAAAUCAAUGCCUUGUGUAUGCCCAAUUGUUUGUGUGACGUCAUUAUUGGUAAUGAUGUGAAGGGGGCACGUGAGCCCAAGGAUCCUGACCUGCAAUGGGUGCCUAGUAUAGUUCAAAAGGCGAAUAGUUCCGAUGUUGAUGAUCGGGUAUCCGAAGUUGAUAUGCAAAGUUCGGAAGUUGUGUCGAGUUCGGAAGAUAAUGUUCGGGUUUCCGAAGUGAGUGAGUCCGUUCCGAAAGUUGAGGCUUUGGAUGAUGCGUCUUCAUGUGUGGAUGAAGCGAUGGCUGUUGAAACUAGAGCACAAAAGAAAAGUCAAUCUAAACCUAAACAAGAUUUGAGAGUGAAAGACUCGGGAGUAAAAGUGAAGUCGGAGGACUUUUUGCGAGAGCAAAAGGAUGAUUUGUCACUUAAGCCGUUGUGGAACAAGGUGAAUGAUAACGAGUCUAGAUCGAGAUUCUUGUUCAUGUCAGAGAAUAAUUGUCUUUAUCGACAAGAAAGGGAUAUGAGAAAUCCAAGUGUUGGUGUUGGUCCCAAGUUAGUGGUUGUUCCAAAGUCACACAGGUCUGAGAUAAUGCGAAUUGCCCAUGAUUCAUUGUUUGGUGGACAUCUCGGCAUUAACAAUACUUUGUCGAAAGUCAAAGCCCAGUUUUAUUGGCCAAGCAUGUAUGAGGAUGUUGCCAACUUCUGCCGAUCAUGUGACGUGUGUCAGAAGACUAUUAGUAUGGGGAGAGUCCCCAAAACGACUCUCGGUAAGUUGCCGAUAGUUGGCGUCCCAUUUCAGCGUAUUGCGAUAGAUUUAAUGGGUCCAUUCAUUCCAUCUGCAAGAGGACAUACUCACAUCCUAACGAUAGUUGACUAUGCGACUAGAUAUGUAGAAGCUAUACCAUUGAAAUCAAUAUCGACUGUAGAUGUAGCUGAGGCAUUAGUCACUGUGUAUAGUAGGGUCGCCCUUCCUUGUGAAGUGAUGUCAGAUUUAGGUACACAAUUUGUAUCUGAUUUGAUGAGGAAGGUGUCACAGUUGUUAUCAGUCAAACAAAUAACAAGCUCUAGAUAUCAUCCGAUGUGUAAUGGCCUUGUAGAAAGAUACAAUGGAGUAAUUAAGACAGCUUUGAGGCGUCUUUGUUCUGAGGAGCCACGUCAGUGGGACAGGUACUUACCUGCUUUGUUGUUUGCUCUGCGAGAAUCGCCCAGUUCGAGCCUGGGGUUUUCUCCAUUUGAAUUACUCUAUGGUAGACAUGUGAGAGGUCCAAUGGAUAUUUUGAGAGAAUUAUGGACGAAUAAGAAUAUUGACGCAGAGUUAGGUAACGAGUAUGAAUACGUAAUUGACUUGAGGAAGCGGUUAGUCGAGUCUUGGCAAUUGGCGCAAGACACUUUGAAAUCCUCCGCAAAGAGAUACAAAGGUUAUUAUGACCGAAAUGCGAAGAAAAGGAAGUUGAAUGUUGGUGAUGAGGUCUUGAUACUUUUACCCACUGUUCAUAACAAGUUACUAGUGGAAUGGCAUGGACCAUUUAAGGUUGUUGGUACCAAGUAUGACUAUGAUUAUGUUGUCGACGUCAAUAGUGUGAAGAAGACAUAUCAUAUCAAUCUUCUCAGGCGAUAUGUUCGGAGGGAAGAAGAGGUGGCUGCUAGCUGUUUUGAUGUUGGUACUUUCAAUGAUAAGGAUGAAGAGGAGGGAGAGAUGAUAGAUGAGUGUAUUGGAGAUGCGCCUGAUAUGCCAUGCUCAUUACAAAAGGAGUUUGUGAGUCAUGUUCAUGUUAAUGAAAGACUAGAUAAGGAUUGUAGGGAUGAGGUUCGAGGUUUGUUGUGUGAAUACCAGGAUGUAUUCACGGAUGUUCCUAAGAAAACUUCAGUGGCUGAAUGUAAAAUUCAUUUGACAAGUAAUGAACCUGUUCGUUCUCCCCCUUAUAGGGUACCCCAGGCUGUGGAGGGUGAAAUAAGGAAUGAGGUUGAGUCGAUGUUGAAGUUAGGGGUUAUUGAGCCUUAUGCGCAUCCGAUUGUGAUGGUGAGGAAACCGGAUGGUUCAAAUCGGUUUUGCAUAGAUUUCCGGCGUCUUAAUAAGAUAACCGUGUUCGAUCCCGAACCGAUGCCUAAUCAGCAAGGUCUAUUCGCUUCUCUUGCGAAGAGCAAAUAUUUCAGUAAAAUUGAUCUUACUAAGGGGUAUUGGCAGAUUCCCAUGAAAGAGUCGGAUAAGGCUAAAACUGCAUUUCUCACCCCCAUAGGUCAAUAUCAGUUUAAAUAUAUGCCUUUCGGGUUAGUCACUGCUGGAGCUCAGUUCACUAGAAUGAUGAGGAUAGUUCUGAAAGACAUUCCCAAUGUAGUUAACUACAUAGAUGACAUAUUAGUGUACACAGAGACCUGGGAAGAGCAUGUCCAGAUAGUAGAGAAAGUCUUGUGUAGGCUAAGAGAAGCCAAUCUGGCUGCACGUCCCUCUAAGUGUUUUAUAGGGUUUAGUUCGAUAGACUUCCUAGGACACGAGUUAGGAGAUGGGGCGAUUCAUACUAGUAGUAGGCUUACACAGAAAGUGAUUGAAACCCCAAGACCAGAAACUAAGAAACAAGUCCGUUCGUUUCUUGGUCUGACCGGAUACUAUAGGGAUUAUAUUCCCGGGUAUGCCGAUUUAGCAUUGCCUCUUACUAACCUAACACGUAAGGGUAGCCCAGGGAAGGUUAAGUGGGGUAUGGAAGAGGAAGGAGCUUUCCAUAAGCUUAAGGAUUGUCUAACAAAACCUCCUGUAUUGAAAAUCCCGGACUUUGACAAGAUGUUUAUCUUAAAGGUAGACGCGUCAGACACAGGGUUAGGGGCGGUGCUCAUGCAGGAAAGUGACGGAGAAGAAUUCCCCAUUGCUUAUGGUAGUAAGAAAUUAUUGCCAAGGGAAACAAGGUACUCCACGAUAGAAAAAGAGUGCUUGGCCAUUGUGUGGGCCAUUCGUAAAUUCGAAUAUUUCUUGUAUGGUAGGGAAUUCGAAGUUCAUACAGAUCACAAACCUUUGCUUUACAUCCAAAGUAAUACAAUGGCAAAUAAACGCAUAAUGAGAUGGAGCUUAUUACUCCAAGAGCACAGGUUUCGGCUGGUCUCUGUUAAGGGAAAGGAAAACCAAGCAGCUGAUCUUAUGAGCAGACUUGUGUAA